AUGAAGGAUCUUGGACCUUUACACUUUUUCUUAGGUGUUGAAGUCAGAUACUUCUCAGGAGGAAUACAUUUAAGUCAAAGCAAGUAUGCAGCUGAGCUUCUUAGCAAGACUGAUAUGACAUGUGCAAAGGCAAUAAAUACACCUUUGGAACAAAAGCAUGGGCUACAAGAAGCUACAGGAGAACUUGUUGAUACUUCCCUAUACAGAAGUAUUGUGGGCAGUCUUCAAUAUCUAACACUCACUAGACCUGACAUAACUCAUGCAGUGAAUCUGGCAAGUCAGUUUAUGCAAAAUCCAAACAGUGGACACUUUCAAGGAGUCAAGAGAAUACUCAGAUAUAUCAAAGGUACAAUACAUCAUGGUCUUAGAAUUAUCUCACAGUCACCUCUCAGGCUAUAUGGUUACUCAGAUGCUGAUUCGGGAGGAUGCACUACAACAAGAAGAUCAACUACUGGCUACAGUAUAUAUCUUGGUGCAAACUGCAUAUCUUGGGCUUCAAAGAAGCAGACUAUAGUAGCAAGAUCAAGUGCUAAAGCUGAGUAUAGAACACUUGCCUCAACUGCAGCUGAAAUGACAUGGAUUACCUAUAUUCUCUAUGAUAUAGGAGUGUAUCUGAAGAUAGUACCUUAG